AUGUGUAAGCCAGUUGAAACUAAAAUGAAAAAUAUGUUUUAGAUGUUCUCUAUUCUGAAGACAUUACAAUUUGUAAAUCCUGCUGGAGACCUAGUCAACAUGAACCAGAAUUUGAAACAGGAUGUAGAGUAUGACAUUUUCUAUAUCAUGGAUUUUCAAAAAGAUUAUGGACUUAAANUGAAAAUAGGAAGAUUUUCAGCGCAUCUUCCAAGUGGUGAGCAGCUAUAUAUGUCUAAAGAAAUGAUGGAGUGGGCUACAGAUAUUGAUCAGAUUCCACCCUCAAUAUGUACAAUGCCUUGCAGACCAGGACUCAGAAAAUCCUCUCAGGAAGGAAAAGACAUCUGCUGUUUUGAUUGUAACCCCUGCCCAGAAAAUGAAAUUUCCAACAUGACAAACAUGGAUCAGUGUGUGAAGUGUCCAGAAGAUCAAUAUGCCAAUGAAGACCAUACUCUCUGCCUCCAAAAAGUUGUGGCUAUUUUAGAUUAUAACGACCCUUUGGGAAAGGCUCUGGCUGGCUUUGCUCUAGGCUUCUCUGUCCUUACAUCUGUUGUAUUGGGUGUCUUCCUGAAACACAGAGAUACACCCAUAGUCAAAGCCAAUAACCAAUCUCUCAGCUAUGUCCUACUCAUCUCCCUCAUAUUUUGUUUUAUCUGUUCCUUGCUUUACAUUGGUCAUCCCACUGUGGUCAUCUGUAUCCUGCAGCAGAUCACAUUUGCCAUUGUNUUCACUGUGGCUACCUCUACUAUCUUGGCCAAGACAGUUAUAGUAGUUCUGGCAUUCAAGAUAACUGUCCCANGAAGAAGAAUGAGGUGGCUGCUUGAGUCAGGGGCACCCAAAUAUAUCAUUCUCAUAUGCACCACGAUUCAGCUGAUUCUUUGUGGAAUCUGGCUGGGAACUUCGCCUCCAUUUGUUGAUGCUGAUGUACACAUGGUACAUGGCCAUAUCAUCAUUGUUUGCAACAAAGGUUCAGUGAUUGCCUUCUACUGUGUCCUUGGGUACAUGGGCUCUGUUGCUCUAGCAAGUUUCANUGUAGCUUUCUUGGCCAGGAAUCUGCCUGAUACAUUCAAUGAAGCCAAGCUGUUGACAUUUAGCAUGCUAGUGUUCUGCAGUGUUUGGACCACUUUCAUCCCUGUCUACUACAGCACCAAAGGCAAGAUUAUGGUUGCUGUGGAAGUUUUCUGUAUUUUGGCCUCCAGUGCAGGGUUGCUUCUUUGCAUUUUUGCUCCAAAAUGCUAUCUUAUUUUAUUAAGACCACAGAAAAAUUCUUUUCACAUGUUCAGGAAACCACAUGCUAUAACUGAAAAUAUAAGAUAA